AUGGUGGGCCCUAAGAUCCAACAAGAGCUCAUGGAAAUUUUGAUUCGGUUCCGACAGCAUAAUUAUGUCUUGAUCGCAGACAUUUCUAAAAUGUUCCGUCAGAUCAAAAUAAACAAAAGGGAUAGAGCCCUACAGAGAAUCCUCUGGCGAGAUGAUCCCAGAGAUACCAUUCUUAAGUUUGAGUUAACAACGGUAACUUAUGGUACGGCCUCUGCACCGUAUCUUGCUCAAAGGUGUCUUAAACAACUAGCACUCGAUAACUCUCAAACGUAUCCAGGAGCAGCAGCGACUAUUCAGAAUGAUUUCUACAUGGACGACUUGAUUACAGGGAGUGAUUCUGUAUCACAUCUACAGCAGCUAAAACAAGAAGUAGUGAAGAUUUUGGCCACAGUUGAACUGGAGCUCCGGAAGUGGAACUCUAACGUGUUGGAAUUAUUAUCAAACUCCGAAAACGAAAGGCCUCUUGCAUCCAAGGAGGAAGUGAAGACGUUGGGAAUUCAUUGGAACGCGCAGGAAGAUAUGUUCAAAUUUAAGGUGACAAUACCUAGAGAAGCUUGUAAGUCUAAACGGGGUAUCCUUUCCGUCAUUGCUCAAAUUUACGAUCCAUUGGGUCUCAUAGGGCCAGUCAUGGUAAAGGCCAAACUGUUCAUAAGAAGCCUGUGGAAAUUAAGCGUGAAUUGGGAUGACAAAUUACCAAGUGAAUUUAUGUUCGAGUAG